UACGCGAGAAGAGGUACGCGCGAUCGAGGGGGCCGACUUUCCGCCAAAGUGGAGCUUUUCGAGCGGUAGCGGAAACGAAACGUGAGUGGAACCGAUGGGCCACACCGUCGAAACUCAUCAACGUCGCCGUUCGCCGCCACUCGUUCGCUUCAGAGUUGCACCCCUUUCAAAGUCGCGUUUUAAAAAUCUGCAUUCGCUUACGUAAGAGGAUUUGGCGUAAACAGUCGAUUUUCCGUUAAAGAGUAGUCACUUUUUCGAGUGGUAGCAGAAAAGAAAUGUGAGCGUACCGGCACGCUUCGUCCAAGUUCUUCUAAAGCUUCGUUCGCCAUUUGUUCCGCUUGGAUUUUUUAAAAGUUCCGUUACAAAAUCUACAUUUCUUGUUACACUUUAUUAAAAAAGAAAAGAAAGUUUCAUUUACUGGGAAAAAAGAAAGAAAUAAAAAAUAUAACCGAUUAAAAAUUACAAUUACUGACUUUACGUUCAAGAGUUAAAAAAUAUGACUUGUUUGUUGAACGAAAUUCAAGUUUUCGUCAAACAGAAAUUUGAGCCGAAUAUACGUGAUUUUAUUGUUUGUCCAAACUUACGUCUCCGUAAUAUUUAUCAUGUGGUACCUCGUGUGUAAUUAAUUCAGUACACGAGCAUCCCACGACGUUACUUUCAUAAUACUUUUGCGGAUUAUUAUUAGACGCGUUCAUCGAUAUCACAUUUCCUUUUGCUCGAAAGAAUUAAUAACGCCGCGAAGAGUCCUCGCAAAAGCGCGGAAAACUUGAUCCUUUUCUAAAGCAAAUAUAGGAGGAUAACAGCGAGAAGAGAGGCGCAUCGGCCGCGCCGUGCCGAUAGGGACGUUUAAAAAAAAGAAAGUCACGAACGCAUGUGCGACGUGCAGCCCGGGGUACUCUGGCACCAUGAACAUCGAUGAAUUUCGCGUGCGCGGCAAGGAGAUGAUCGAGUACAUAUGCGAGUACAUCCGCACGCUGGAGGGUAAAAGGGUGACGGCGAACGUCGAUCCCGGUUACCUGAGACCUAAGCUGCCGAAGGAGGCACCCGUUAAGCCGGAAUCAUGGGACGCCAUCAUGAUGGACGUCGAUGGCAAAAUAAUGCCCGGAAUCACUCACUGGCAGCAUCCACGAUUCCACGCCUACUUCCCGUCCGGCAACUCGUUCCCCUCAAUCCUGGGUGACCUGCUGUCGGAUGCGAUCGGCUGCAUCGGUUUUUCGUGGGCGGCCAGCCCGGCUUGCACCGAGCUCGAGACCAUCGUGUUGGACUGGUACGCCAAGGCGAUCGGCCUGCCGACCGAGUUUCUGUCGGAGCAAAAAGUCGGCGGCGGUGUGAUCCAGGGUUCAGCCUCCGAGUGCAUCCUGGUGACGAUGCUGGCGGCGCGAACGCAGGUCAUCAAGAAGCUGAAGGAGCAGGAGAACACCCCCAAUAAGGAGGACUCGGCGUUUCUACCGAGAUUGGUGGCCUACUGUUCCACAGAGUCGCACUCGUGCGUGGAGAAGGCGGCGAUGAUAAGCCUGGUGAAACUCCGAGUGCUCGAGCCAGAUGACAAGGCCGCAUUACGUGGCAAACGGCUCGAAUUAGCCAUCAAGCAGGACGUGGAGAACGGUCUCGUGCCAUUCUAUGUGUCCGCCACUCUGGGUACCACUGGAUCCUGCGCUUUCGACAAUCUCGUGGAGAUCGGGCCCGUGUGUCAGUUGUAUCCAAAUAUCUGGCUACACGUGGACGGCGCUUACGCCGGUAACGCCUUCAUCUGCCCGGAGAUGAGGCCGUUCAUGGACGGCAUCGAACACGCCGAUUCGUUCAACACGAAUCCCAACAAGUGGUUGCUGGUGAACUUCGACUGCUCCUGUCUGUGGGUGCGCAAUCGAGUGAAGCUCACAUCAGCACUAGUCGUCGAUCCACUCUAUCUUCAACACGCUCGCUCGGGCGAGUCGAUCGACUACCGUCACUGGGGUAUCCCACUCAGCAGACGAUUCCGAGCGUUGAAGCUCUGGUUCGUUAUGAGAUCGUACGGGAUCAGCGGCUUGCAGAAGUACAUUAGGAAUCACAUAAGGCUAGCCAAGAGAUUCGAGGCGCACAUGAAGAAAGACAAGCGCUUCGAAAUCUUGAACGAUGUGCGAGUCGGCCUGGUGUGCUUCCGGUUGAAGGAGAGCGACGAGAUGAAUCAGGAGUUGCUGGCCAACAUUAACGCUUCCGGUCGAUUGCACAUGAUACCAGCUCGUGUGAUGGACAAGUAUAUCUUGCGUUUCUGCGUGACAAAGGAGGAUGCGACCGAGGACGACAUCGAUUACGCCCUCAGCGUGAUCGAGGAACAUGCCACGGAGGUGAUGCUGGCUCACUAUGAGGGCACGGAGGACGAGUACAGAGCGAAGGGCCCGAAGAGUCCGGCCGCUCUCGACAAGAAACUCGUCCGGAAGUUUAGCUUCACCAGGAGCGUCACCAGAGAAGUUUACAAGAGAUCCAUCUCCAAAUCUAGUCUACACGACGGCGCGACACCCAUUAUGGUCCUCGACGAUAACUCGCAAGUCGACGCCAUCGACGACGACCGUUUCUGUAAUAGCAGAUCGUGACGAUGUCGAUGACGGUCCCCAGCGCCGACUCGGGACGACGUAGAUGAUAAUAAAAAGGGCCCUCGCUACACGGCCGUGUGAUGCGAAACUCUGACGGCCCAAUUUACCGUCGUCAAUUUACCGAUUCCCGAAGUCGCGUUUGUUGAUAAGGACCGACUAUCACCGAUUACAUUGCCACGUGAGUGUUUGGUCAAAUUAUUCGUUACCGAUCAAGUUCGUUAAAUACCACCAAAGACGAUCGCUCGUUUAUGGGCGAUAGAUCGGCCGUAUAUUAUCUCGAACACGAGUGAUUCUUCGUGGCAACAAAUUGCGUCAAUGGCACAUGAGAUAUUGAGCCAAGUUUUUGCGAUAAAGCGUGAGAUUCUUAAGCACAUUUUAGACAGUCUGUAAUAAGUGACAGAAUUUGGCUUAAACAAUUUAAUUACGAACGUACAUAUAUAAUGCAAAAAGAAAUUCGAGUAGUAUAAGCUUUUUUUAUGACGAUCGAGUUUUUAUAAGAGGAUGAAGAUUUUUAUUAAAAUUAUAGAUAGAAUUUUGCCGCACACAGAAAUUCUGUUCCGAGCUACGGACGGUCUAAAGUGGGUUUUAGAGGCGGCUGCGCGUACAGUUAACGUAGUCGUUUGAUCUAUUUUGGUAUAUACAUAUAUAUAUAUAUAUAUAUGUCUGUAUAAGCGAUAGAGAGAGAUGAAUCGAUGUACAUAUGUAAUACGUGAUAAUGACUGCCGAUGCACGCACGGACUCUAAUAGUUUUAUAUAAAACGCUAGUGAAUAAUUAAAGUGUAUCGAUCUCAAUAGAUUUACAAGUGAAUUAAUAGCAAACGAUUAUACUGAUCCCAGUGUAUACCAGAUAUAUCAGAAUUCUAUUUUUUUUUUUCAUUAACUAUAAUCGAAACUGCAAAGAAAGAUGCGUCAAUGUUGAUACAUCAGGGAGGCGUCGAGUGAUUUUUCGGUGCGAUUGAUCUGUAGAUCAAGCGGUAAGUCACUCGACGAACCAUUUGAAUGGAUCAUACAUCAACAUUACGUUACAUUUAGAAGGUACUUAAGUUUAGAUACG